CUUCCACAACCGCCCAUCUCCAUCGUUCUCAUCUCUCCUUCUACUCCAGCUCUACAUCUCGUUUGAUGUCACACUUGCUCAGACCCUCGACAUCGUUUUCAUCUUCUUUGCUCUGCAGGUCACUGGUCGCCCCCACUCGAAGUCUCGCUCGACCUGCUAUUGUAUCGACUCGCCUCCCAGCAGUUCCUGCGCCAUCUCCUCACGCCCUCUUCUCCUCCACCACUCGCAACAUGGCGCCCUCCAGCCUUCCUUCCUCGAUGAAAGCCAUUCUGGUCAAGGGUGGCAAGGGAGACUCUUCAGCGCUCUACUUUGAUGACCACGAGCUGCCCACACCAGGGCAAGACGACGUCCUCGUCAAGGUCAAGGCAUUUGGCCUCAAUAGGAUGGACAUCAUGCAGCGCGAGGGGAAGUACCCUCUUCCGCCCUCUGCACCGAAAGAUAUCAUGGGUGUUGAAUUCUCCGGAACAGUCGUCGGUGAAACGCAAGGCACAGAUUGGAAGGAAGGAGAUGAAGUCUUUGGUCUUGCUACCGGAGGAGCCUAUGCAGAGUACAUCAAAGUGCCGAGCAAAAUGAUCCUCAAAAAGGAUGCUGCCCUCUCUUGGGAACAGGCCGCUUCCAUCCCAGAGGCCUUCUUGACUGCUUUCCAGGCUUUGAGGUUCAUCUCCGACAUGAAGUCUGGCGAAGACGUUCUCAUCCACGCAGGCGCCUCUGGCGUCGGUCUCGCUGCCAUCCAGCUCGCAAAGGCAUUCGGCGCAAAGAGCAUAUACAUCACAGCUGGCUCGGACGAGAAGAUCAAAUUUUGCGAGGGAUUAGGAGCCACAAAAGGCUUCAAUUACAAGACUCAGGAUUGGGGCACAGAGCUUGCCAAUGCCACUGACAAGCAAGGUGUGGAUGUCAUCAUGGACUUUAUCGGAGCGCCCUACUACGAGUCGAACAUUGCAUCGCUCAAAAGGGACGGCCGCCUCGUCUUCCUUGCCUUCAUGGGCGGAUCGAAGACCUCAGUCGAUCUAGCCCAGCUCCUCUUCAAGCGUCUACACCUCGAAGGCACAACGCUCCGCUCUCGCUCUCUCGAAUACCAGUCCUCCCUCGUGCAAGCAUUCGUCAAGAGUGGAGCGCUGCAGAAGCUCGUGGAUGGUGUCGGAAAGGAAGAAGCAGAAGGGCAACAUAGGAUCCAGAUCCACAAGGUGUUUGAUUGGGAGCAGAUCAAGGAGGCGCAUCAGGAAAUGGAGGCAAAUAAGAACACCGGCAAGAUCGUCAUGAGAAUCUCUUGAUUUGGUCGCAUUAAGCGAAAGAAGAGGCAAUUUUGUAUUGAUCUAAUGUACAGUGCGAAUUGUAUCAUGUGCUUCAGAGUGCC